AGAGCUCAACGAAGUUAUUAUGGCAUCGACAUUCACAAUCUGGUCAAGGAAGCCAAAGCUCAGCAAGUCAUUGACCAAGCGGAAGCAGAAAGGCAAGCCGCUAUGCCCUCAAUAGAGCCUACUCUUCCUCGGGACCCCGCGCAAAAGAACCAACGCACAUUGAUGUGGACGGAAAAGUACAGGGCUCGCAAGUUCACAGAGCUUGUUGGAGACGAUCGUACACAUCGGUCUGUCAUGCACUGGCUCAAGCGCUGGGACGAGAUUGUCUUCCCGGGCUCGAGCAGAAAGCCCAAGCAUCGCAAGAAUGCUGAGAACGCUGAGCAGGAAAGACCACAUCGCAAAGUCUUGCUCCUCACUGGUCCUCCUGGUCUUGGAAAAACGACGCUUGCUCAUGUAUGUGCUAAGCAAGCCGGCUACGAAGUCCAGGAGAUCAAUGCUAGUGAUGAGAGGAGUAGAGACGUCGUCAAAGGCCGUAUCAGGGAUAUGGUCGGUACGGAAAACGUCAGGGGUGUCGACCAAAAGACUGCUGCGGGCAAGGUACGCAAAGCUGGCCGUCCAGUAUGUGUCAUCGUUGACGAAGUCGACGGUGUCGUUGGUGGCAGUGGCGGUUCCGGUGAAGGAGGCUUCGUCAAGGCCCUCCUUGACCUAGUCGCGUUGGACUCGAGGAACUCAAACAAAACUCGAUCACAACAGCCCUCUGGAAAGAAAAAGGGUGACAAUUUCCGCUUGCUACGACCACUCAUUCUGAUCUGUAACGAUGUCUACCAUCCUUCUCUUCGACCGCUUCGACAAAGCACGGCUGCAGAGAUUAUUCAUGUUCGCAAACCAGCCAUCAACUCUGUCGUCUCUAGGAUGCAAUCUAUCUUUGAAAAAGAGAAUAUUCCCUACGAUGGCGAUGGUGUCCGAAAGCUGUGCGAGGCGUCUUGGGGCAUGACAAACCGCAAAGAAGGUGGUUCGGGCAGCAGUACAGGCGAAGGCGACAUCCGUGGUAUCUUGGUCGUUGGCGAAUGGAUUGCAGGUCGACUUCGAGCUACCCACGAUCCGCUCGCAAAUUCCAUGCAACGGCUAACUCGCCGAUGGAUCGAAGCCAAUAUCCUGGCUGACCUCUCACACGGAGGUGGCUCAGCAAGAGGCGUGGGACGAGGUGGGCCAAAAGAAGUAGUCGAGCGCGUCUUCAAAGAAGGCGCCGGCUUCUCCAAAUCCACCAUGCUAGCAGCUCCUUCGGCCACAACCGGCAUGAAAGGUGUAGCAGAGUCAGGAAAACGACAAGCCAUGGACCGCCUUCGCGAAAUGGUGAACACAUCCGGAGACAUUGAUCGUAUCAUGCUCGACUGCUUCUCUACAUACCCAGAUCAACCAUACCAAGACGACAAUUACCUCAGCAAACCCGAUGCUGCAUACGAAUGGCUCAACUUCCAUGACCAACUUUCCUCUGCGGUGUUUAGUCACAGUGAGUGGGAAUUGGCUACCUAUCUCGCCCAACCUAUUCUUGCUUUCCACCAUUUGUUUGCGACGCCCAAUCGCUCUCAUGCCAAUACCAACAACAACAAGUGGAACGAACAGGGUACAGCUGAAGACAAUGAACCACCCACCCCCUUCUCCGGCCCGGGUGCCUCCUUCCAAGCCCACGAAGCUCAAAAGUCGAAUCUCGAGAUCUUGCAAACGCUACAGGCAUCACUGUCUUUGCCUUUACUUCGCAUGUUCCCCAGUCCUACUUCCAUGACUACCGAGUUCAUCCCUUGGCUGUCCCGCAUGCUAAACCCGAAUGUCUCGCCAGUGGUUGUGCACAAUUCAGGCACUUCAACCGCUAGCGUGCGCAGAGCAGCCGAGAAACUACUGGUCUCUCGCGCAGUAAACGCAAUGGUGGCUUCAGGCAUCCGAUUCGACCGCAUACGUCUCGAUUCCGAGACUUCGUCUCGCUCAGGCCCUCAGACAUGGGUAUUCAGAAUGGAACCUGCCAUUGACGAAGUCUCUGUUUUCGAAACUUUGGACACCAAAGCCGCGGGUGUGGAAAAAGUAGAUCGCACACGCUUUGCUGUUCGGCAAGUGCUGGAUCAAGAAUUCACUCUCUACUCCAAAAAAUCAGCUGAAGCUGCUCGAGUCACGAGAGGAGGCGGUAACUUGGUCUCACUUACUGAUGCUGUUGCUGGCGCUGCUGUGCCUUCUUUGCCUAGUGAAGGUAGCAGAAAGCUAAAGAGAGAUUUCUUCGGCAGGGUUGUUGCUGAAGAGGCAGAGAAAGAAGGGGAGGCGGAUGAUGAAGCUGCAAUUCAGAAAAAGAAGAAAGCGAAGAUAGAUGACGGUGGUGAUAAAGAGAGGGUAUGGGUCACUUUCCACGAAGGAUAUUCUAAUGCUGUUAGGAAACCUGUGUCGCUUAAGGAGUUGUUGGAGGCUAUGUAG